AGAAUAAAUUGUCUUCAUUGCGUUUCCUGUUUCUCUGGCGUCACCUUAAACUGUUCUUUCAAUGGAGGCCCUCUUGGAUCUUGACUUGAUGGAUCUGAAGCUCUUGAGUCGGGAUUGGGAUCAUGAGUCUUACCCUGCUUCUUCUGAUUUAUGGGUCAUCAUCUUCUUUGCUCCCUUCUUCCUUUUUCUUCGCUUAAUCCUCGACAGAUUCAUAUUCGAGAGGGUCGCUAGAAGACUGGUAGUUCCUAGAGGACACUGUGGUGAUUCAAACGAGAGAAGAAAGAAGAUAGUGAAAUUCAAAGAAUCGGCUUGGAAAUGUUUGUGCUCUUUCUCUGUUGAAGCUCUUGCUCUCUACGUCACCUAUAAGGAGCCAUGGUUUAAAGACACAAGAUGCUUCUGGUUAGGACCAGGGGACCAGAUAUGGCCUGACCAAAAGAUAAAAUUUGCUCGUAUUGGUUCUGUAAUAUUUGCUCUUCACGAAAUCAGCGACGUGUUUCUAGAGAUAGGCAAGAUGUGCAAAUACAGCGGCGCAGAAGCCAUGACUAGUGUCUCGUUUGUUCUAUUCUUCUUGUCAUGGACCGCUUUGAGACUCAUCUAUUACCCUUUCUGGAUCUUAUGGAGCACCAGCUAUGAAUCAAUAAAAGUGAAAAUGGAGUACUGGGACAAGAAGCAUUUGAUGGAAACUGGACCAAACCUUAUGGUCUUCUACUAUGUCUUCAACACACUUCUUUAUUGCUUACAGAUUCUUCACAUCUACUGGUGGAUCUUGAUAUGUCGUGUGCUCAUCAGCCAAAUUCGUGCCAAAGGCAAAGUCGCUAAAGACAUUCGUUCUGAUUCUGAAGGUGAAGAUGAUGAACACCACGACUGAUUUAAGCAUCAGUGAUGUCAACCUAAUAACAAAAUCAUCGUUAUUUUAUGUGUGGUUUCUAUGAUCAAGCUGUGACCAUUAGCCAUCCCAAUUGAUUAGCGAAGUGUAACAUUUGAUAAUCAAUAUUAUCUACUUCA